AUGGCUCCGGACCCUGAUGUCAUUUUCAAGCAAACUGAGAAUUCGAACCCUGGAAUACCUGAAAGUCACAUCGCGCCUUCAUUCCAGGAGAGACUCAUCCGGAGCAGCGAGGAAGCCAGACAGAAACGAACAACCUCAGUCACGAUGUGCUACACAACCGUCACUCACUUCAACCGCUGCUCCCACCGCGCCUCGAUCACCACCUUCUGUCCUCGCAGCACCCACCUUAGGCCGACCAUCUACCAUCCCCCAACGCGCCACGCACGGCCCUGCGCGACCAACGAUCGCAAGGGCAACAUCUUCGUCCAGCGCGACGAGCUAUGCGGGGCGUGCAGAAGAGUCGGCUCCCGGUGUUCGGGCGGCGGCGGCGGCGGGCCCAACGGCACGAGGAGGAAUGGAGCAGCCGCGAAGGGGGGCAGGGACCCAGCAGCGCAGACGGCAGGAGUUCCUCCGUCGUACUACCCUUGUCCCGGGCAGGGUAGGGCCCAGCCGGCGUACCCUAUACCCACCGGGGCGGGGGGCGACGGGCGCUGUCCGCUGUCCGCGGCGUUUGAGCGCGUGAUGUCGAUCGGGGGCGACGAAGAUGGCCGGGUCGAGGGGUCUCGGUGGGUUCACGGCGGGGUGGGCGAGGGUGUCGGCGUGGACGGUAGUAGGACCCGGGAACACAAGGGGGAAUACGGCCCGUCCAGGCCUCCUCACUUCUCCUCCGAUGCUGACAACGGGCGCCGUGGUUUGCCCGGGGGCGACAUGCCUUCUUGGUCGGGUGGUUAUGGCGGACAUGCGGGAAGAAAGGCGCGCCGCACGGCAGGGAAGAAACGAGUUCGGUUCGCUCCAAAGGUUGAGGUGCUGUAUUUCAGGAGAGACUGGGCCACGAGGACUCUGAGGAGUUUGCGCAGGGAGUACAAGGGACGCCGCUAG